AUGUUAACAAUAAAAAAUCGAUAUAGUAGUUUACGACAAUUCAGUUUUGAACUUGAACAUUCAUCAACAGAACAAACUGAACAAUCAACGCAUACAAUAACUAUAGAACCAAAAACAGCAACUAAACCUGAAAAAAUUGAUGAAUUGAAUGAUACAGUGUUACUAGAAAAAAUCAAUAAACUACAAGAAGAAAAUGAGAAUAUGCGUCUUGAAAAUUUACUUUUUUCACGUUAUUUAUUACGUAUAACAAAAUCAAAAGUUGUUGAAUCAUUUGAUGAUUAUGAAUAUGACACUGAUGUUGUUCUUGGAACACUUGAUCAAACAAAAAUAAUUGAUACUUCUCGACAAAUUUCAUUCAAAAUAAGUACUAAGUAUACUAAAGAUGGUAAACCAUUAUGGAUUAAACGAUCAGUAACUUCGGUUGCACCUACCGAUAUACGAUAUCUUCCAUCUAUCGAACAAAACUGUUUCUUUAUUGCUUCUUAUGAAGUUGAACAAACACAUUUAGAUUGGCAACGAAUGAAAGCAAAUGCAGUCGCAAUGUUAUAUCGAAAUGUUAAAUCUGAUGACGACGCUCAACAAUCACUGAAUGAAAGUGUACAACGACGUAUAGACAAAUAUCGUGUUACUAUUGGUGAAGAAAAAUUCAAUAGUCAAUAUUUAUCGGUUCCAGGUGAACUCUUUGUUAAUCGCAUUCGUACAUUUAUCGACUAUCGUACAAGUUUUAUUGGUGCUUUGCGUGUUAAUACAGAACUUCUAAAUUCACAGAUAGAGAGGGUUGAUAUAAGAAUACGUCAAUUAGAUGAUUUUAUUGCUACAACAAAUCAAGUUGAAAUUGAUUGGGAAAUUCAGAUGAAAAAUAAUCGUAGUCAGGAAUUUAAAGCAAUUGAAAAAACUUACAUUAUGGAAAAGUCAUCUUAUCAUAAAUUAUUAAAUCAUUUAGAAGAAUUUAAAAAAACUUUAGAUGAACAAUUAAUGAAAAUUCCAGAUAUAGAAAAACAAUCGAAAAUUUUACAAAAUCAUUUAGAACAAGAAAUUAUUGAUAUUGAUCGUAUUACACAAGAAAAUAAUAAAAUUUUAAAAGAAAAAAAUAUUUUAAAAGAUCGUAUAAAUAAUACUAAAAAAGUACCGACAAUUAAUAAUUAUGCUCAUAUUAUUGAACAAAGAAAAAUUUUACAACAUGACAUUGAUAUAUGGACACAAAGAGUUAAUAUUGCUGAAUCAUUAUUAUCACAAUUACAACGACAAAAUAAGCCACCGAAAAUUUUACCACCAUUACAAACAAUUACUCAAACUGAUCAACAUCUAUGA